AAUAAUAAUAAUAAUAAUAAUAAUAAUAAUAAUAAUAAUAAUAAUAAUAAUAAUAAUAAUAAUAAAUUGACAGUUUUAUACAGAGGUCAUUAACUUUGUAUAGGUUUAUAACGGUUUUUAAUAGAGUAUGACCUCUGAGUGGUCGGUCAGUAGAUCCCAGUAAAUCUUGUCCAAUCAGCUGCCUCGCUUUUCUACAAGCGAUUGACUCUCAUUAAACCAGUGAAGCUCAUGAAUUGACCAGUAACUGUACCUGAGGAUCCUUUCACGGAUGGGGAACUUUACGUCUGCUGGGAGGUUUACAACCCCGACAUGUACUCAAUUUAUACAGGAUGUCGUGUCUCAUAACUGCGUUGUUAUAUUCUCCAAGACGACGUGUCCAUACUGCAAGAUGGCCAAGAACGUCUUUAAUCAAAUAGGAGCCACGUAUAAGGUCAUUGAACUGGAUGAACAUCGUGACGGCCAACAGCUUCAAGAGGCUUUAGCGCAAAUGUCCGGUGCCAAAACGGUUCCAAGAGUUUUUGUCAAUGGACGGUGCAUCGGCGGAGGAUCUGAUACACGGCAGCUUCAUGAACAGGGAAGACUGGUGCCACUCAUUCGGAUGUGUAACCCGUGCUGCCCGAAUAAUGCUGCAGAGGGAUCAGGGAGUGGGCACGACGCUUCAUAAUUGUUCUAUAGUUUAUGCAUGAUUUUAAUCCUCCUGCAGACCAGAACUGGAAAAAAGCUAGUGACCAGCAUCAGGCAUUUAUUAUUUUGAUGUACUUUCAUUUAAGUGGUCCUACCUCAGUUCUAUUUAAUUUUGUAUAGUUUUUAAAAUAAAGUAAUGGUGAAGUCAAUGCCUUUUGCUGCAUACUAUUGCCUCAUAUGGUUAGGGAUGUUUAGUGGUUGUGGUUUAAACAGAUUUGGUUAACAUGAUGCUAAAUUGCAAAAGAAUUUUGAUCAUCCAAAAAAAAAAAAAAUUCGCUAUCACAAGGUCAUCAAUUAGAAAGACAAAAUUGUGUGGCAAAAUUCAGCUAACAUGUAUGUUCAUAGAUGCUGCUUAAUAAAAUCCACCUUUGAUUCA